AUGCUUGCCGUCGCUACUCUUGCGGCUGCUGAUAUCAUCGUCUGGCAUCUUCUUAUUAGUAGUGAAGCCGACGAAAGGAUCUCAUAUGUUGACCCCAGGCUCGAUGAGUUGGAUAGUGGGAACUUGGAGGGUAUUUCUCUUCGAAUGUUGGAAACGAAGCGUCACGUUGUCGGGUGGUGUGCAGCAGCCACAGACUUGUGCGGAGGCGCAUUGGCAAAUCAUGAUGUGAAGUCAUCAGGACUCCAAAAACCACCAGGCUCAAUCGUUAUUGACAGACUAUUCCUCGAGGCCGGGGCUGACGUGGUAGGCGGUGUCAGCAUGAAGAUCAACUCCAAGGAGCAACCAUUUUGGCUCCAGCGUGGAAAGGACUACCCCAGCCUUCUCAAGUGGAUUGGAGUUCAACCCAUUGCUUUUCAUGAUGUAUCAAGUCGCCGUACAUGGCUUGUUGAUGGUGCUUCUGCAUUGCUUCAUCUUGUUAGGAUAUCACUUCAUCUCGAUGAGAACGAUCCUGAUUCCACUUAUGACUGGGUAUUCGAUCCCACCCAGCUCAAGGAUAAGUGGGAUGGGGUCACAGGUCGACAAGCAGCCCUCAGGACUUUGAAGAGCUGGGAAAAUCUCGACUUGAAUAUCUACAUUGUCGACAAGCGACGAGGGCCAACCGGUGCGCCAGAGGUACAGUAUGCCACAUUCGGGACGCGUGUCAAGGAGGUACUUCAUUCCAUCGAGCUCCUGAUUGAUAGGCAGUCCAAAACCGCUUCGCAGGAGGGAAUAAGGAUCUCACAGUCUCUGGACCCCCGCCGCGAGAUUGUUGGCUUCGACGUUCUAGAUGCUGUCAAUCCACUUGGCCCCAUUCUUCCUCGGGUUCAACAUCUAAAAUCAUGGGGUCACGGCUGGAUCGAUUUCAUGCCCUCGAUUGGCGUCACCACCAUCUUUGGCAAUGGAGCUUGUGUCAAGGCUGGAAGUCUUUACCUGAAGGAAAAGACUAUAUGGCGGCUUCCAUAUCGACACUGA